UUAUGAUGAGUAACUGAAUGGAUUAGCUUAAAGUUUAAGGGUUUAAUUUGAAGACACCUCACUGUGCUGCAGUUCUAACUUGGUCUGCUAUGCUCUUAGGUUGUGAUAUGAUAAUGUCAGCAUAAUGGUUUUCAUUCCUUCCUCAGAACGCAUCAUGAUUUGUGAUUUGAAACGUAUUACAGAUUUGUAUAGUUCCCAUCUUUAUGGAGUUCCUGUUCCCUUUUUUUGCUUUGAGUUCAGGCCUUUUUCUGCCCCUAAACCAGUCCUUGACUGUAGGUGUCUCUAAUUCCAAACAUCACUGACCAGAUUUGUGAAGAUACAGAUGUGAUACAGUACUGGGGGAAAAAAUCAGUCAGUUUAUUUCAUUUCCAGGCAGAACGUUUACGUACAAGUUAUUCAUUUUUCAGUUUCAGGAAAAAGCAGAAAGAUACAUAGAAGCCUCAGCGACUAAAUAUACAUGCGUCUAGAGUGCAGCCCAUUUAAUGUCUUUAAUAUGACUUCCACUCUUUUUGCUUUCAGUCUUUAAAAGAAAUCUGCAGGUGGUCUUUCCACACCUCCCAAGUUCAGUCUUAGACGUUGGUUGAAUUUUCUGUUUCUCACAGUCCCAAGUAAUCCCUAACACACAUUCAGUGUUGAGAUACCAGAUUUCUAAUCUACCAGAAAAUACCAGUGGUUGGUGGCAAAAGUAACCAGAUUAAGCUUUGCAGGGACAGAUUAUGUAAUUUUAUAGCCCUGCCUAUAAGCAGUUAAGAUAUUAUUUGAAACAUGAUCACCUGUUUUUUACAUCUGUAUAAAAUCAUUUUGCCAUAGAAGGUACCCUUAUCUGUGGGCAAUGGGCAGCGCUCCCAUAAUGACGUAACUGGAAACCAGCAGUGGAAGGUUGAAGGCCUGGAAAUGUGCACUGAGGUUUCAUAUGUCAUGGUAGAGGUUAAAAGGGUGGGAACAUGUUUUUGUCACACGUGCCUCACCAUGUGGGAUGCAAUGUGUUCUCUGUUCGCUCUGUUCCCAGUGCUUUGAACUUAUUUAUAGCCCACCAAACAUAAGACAAGAAGUCAAAAGUACUAGUGGCUUUCCACGUGAAAACCGCCCCCCUAACUCUGUGACAUUGGACAGCACAUAGCUUAUGUAUCUGUCCCAGCAAAACCUUCAAAAUGUACCUUAGUGUAAUUGAUCCAUGAUGAAAUCCAGGUCUUUGUCAUCAUGUUCACACUUAUGUUCUGAGGAAUAUAAUAAGCUGAUCUUACAUAAAAGGACAAAGUGGACAAGUGAGAGGUUUAAGCUGCACCUGAGCCUGAUCUCACACCCCAUUGGUGGCCCCAGGUGUCAUGGACCUAGGCCAGGCAUUUCCAAAACAACAUUUAGCUCCAUGCAGAUUGUUUUGCCAAGGGGAUGGGGGCGUGGAGCUAGGAAGCUAUAUAAACCACCCCACAACAGAGAGACCGAUCACAGUUCUUCACUGUGCUGAAGGGCUGCAGCAGCCAGUGUAGGACUUCCUGGCCUGUUAUUUUCAGUUAUUUUCCUCUGCCUUCUCUUUUCAUUCCUGCUAUUUCACUGCAGAGGAGGAAUGGAUUUUGAUUUACCUCAUACACUGCCCUUUGGUGGGAUCCCUUGGGACCGUGUACUGCCCCCCUUGCUGCCUCACCUGAACGGGACCCAAAAAACUGCCUCAUGGACUCCUGUUGAACUGCUGCUUCCAGUUACUGAGCAUGCUGGUGCCGCACAGGUUGUUUGUGACCACAAUGGAUUUGCAGUGCAACUUGACGUAAAGCACUUCAGCCCUGAGGAACUCCUGGUCAAAGUCACAGGGAAUUAUGUUGUGGUGGAAGGAAAACAUGAGCAGAAAAAGAAUGGAUCAGGGCUGGUGACCCGGCAGUUUAACCGACGCUUCCGCAUCCCUGAUGGAGUGGACAUCAUGGCCCUGCAGUCGGCAAUGUCUCCGGAAGGAAUGCUCAUGAUUUCUGCACCCCUGCUACAAGGCGAAGCCUCCGGACCACUCACACACUCUAGCCCAUGAGUAAUCAGACACAUACGCUGAGGGAACAGCUAUUCAGACCUUUUGGUGUUUUCCAGUUCAUAUACCCGCUUUAAAUUUAUACACACUUUGUUUUUUGACUUUGAUAACGUAGGUAAGCAUAAACAAAAAGUUUAAAUUAAUGACAGCAGUGCUGUGUUGCAAGGUCAUUGUUAGUAAUUACACCUUUGAGACAUCUGUGGUAAGAAGGGAUUUGCUGUUGGCAGCAUUGUGGUUCAGUUAUAGUUCAUUCCUCUUUGAAAACAGUCCUCAGCUCCUCAAGGUCACAAAAGGUCCCUCUGAUGGACAAGCAAUUUCAUAAUCCUCCAUACAUUUUCAAUAGAAUUCGAGGACAUUAUCUAGGCACCUUCACCUUUUUAGUAGUCUUGAGUUGGCUGUAUGGUUGGGAUGAUGGUCUUGUUGAAUAUCAUGAUGCUCCCCACUGCAGACUUCACUGUAGGUACGUUGUCCUUGGGAUUAUAUGUGCAACCUCCUUUCUCCAAGCAUAGGAGGAGUUCUGCUUUUGUCGGACCAGAGUAUGUCGUUCCAAAAGAUUUCUGAAUUGUAAAUACUCAUGUCUCUUUGUAAUUCUUUUUGAGAGUAGGUGUGGGGUGUAGGGGUUUAUUACUUAUUGUUCUUUUUGCAACUGUUGUUCCUGUGGCUUUCAGGUUAAUGCUUUUCAAAUGACUCUUGGCUUCUAUUUGACCUUCUUUAACAUUAGUCAGAGACAGCACUGUGAAAUCUUGUGUGGCGCACCCAUCCGGGUGUGUUUACAGUGCUUUCCUAUUCGAGUGCUGUUUGAUAAUGUUGGCUUGGAGAACUUUAGGAGGCUCCCUUGUCUUCACCAUGAUUGCUACUCGUUGCAUGAAACCUUCACAAGCAACAGCAAAAUCUUGUGCAAUAUUUUUUUUUCAGCAUUGAUUUUUUUCUUUUUUUAAAAAACAUAUGUUUAAACAUUUUCAUGCUUAUGAAUACAUACUUUUUAUGGUUAAUAUUUAUAAUUACAGUCAAAAGACACUGUGUCUAUUUGUGGAUAUUAUGAGCUGGAGGUAUAUUAAAUAACAAUAACAAAAGUGUCUGAAUACAUGUUUCCCUUCAUGGUAUAGAGGCACUGAUGGGGAGACAUGCCAACAAUUCAACUUGCCACUAUUUCUGUCAUUUUUCCCCCCUGAGCUUUCACCCACACUCAAAUGGAUGAAGUAAAACAGACCAACUCUCCCCGAGCCAAUUCCAAACAUACUUGAUGGCAAGCCAAACUACACAACAUUAAUCCUUUUUGUUCUAGCAUUUUCAUGCAGUUAGGCUUUCAGGACUGAUGAAGCCUUCUGAUCAUAAUCCAUCUCAAUUUUCAACAUGAUCUGAGCAUUCUAAUCAUUUGUUUACUGACAAUGUUUGCACAUAUCAAAGACAAUGGACUCCUCAGACUCACCAGUUACAUUAUUAACUGACGUGUGAUGAGUUCAGGACUGUAUAUUUUGCUAAAUAAUGGUUUGUUUUGUAAGUGUUGGGUGUGAGUUAGCAUUCUGUGCAUGAAUCUGUUCAAUACACUGAAAAAGUCUUUAAAUAUAUAUUUUUUUUCCAAAGCAGUUUAUUUACAAUGUAAUUAUCUUCACAGAAAUGUAUUUCACUAAAUAAAUGCACUGACUUCCAAGAAUAAA